GUUAAUUACUUCAUAGCCUUUAGGAGAUGAAAUAAAAAUCUCUUGUACUCCGGGUAUCACAUUUACACUUCCCAUCUCUUGUACGCGUCGUGUGGCUGUCUUCUAACAAUGGGAGUUCUUUGGGCAUUGUAUUUUCAACGCUCAUUAGCCGCUUUUCUCAUUAUUCUUGGCCUAUCAACGGUUAACUUAAAUACAGGGGCACAGACAAUUGGCGUUUGCUACGGUAGAAAUGGAGACAACUUACCGCCAGAAGCGGCGGCGAUCAACCUAGCCACCGCCGAGGGCAUAGCUGCCAUGCGAGUUUAUGACCCCGUCCCGCCGGUUCUGGACGCUCUCCGUGGAGCCGACAUCCAACUCGUCCUCGGAAUCCCCAACGCCGAUCUCCCAUCGCUCUCCGACCCUGCCGCCGCCAACGACUGGGUCAACACCGUCGUCCUAUGCAACUAUCCCGACGUCAAGUUCAAGUACAUCUCCGUCGGCAACGAGGUCCUGCCAACCACCGCGCCGGACGUGGCCAACUUCCUCCUCCCCGUCAUGCAGAACGUGUACAACGCAUUGGCCGCCGCCGGGCUACAGGACGCCAUCAAAGUCUCGACGGCGACGCUCCAGUCCGUCCUGAACAACACUUACCCGCCCUCCGCCAGCGUGUUCCGCGACGACCUCAAGAUGUUCCUCGUACCCAUUCUCCAGUUCCUGGCGGCGCGCAAUCUGCCGCUUCUCGCGAACGUCGCCGAGUUCCCGGGCAUCGACGUCGUGGUUUCCGAGACGGGUUGGCCGUCGGCUGGCGGCGAGGCGGCGGAGACUGAAAACGCGGUCGCUUAUUAUAGGAACAUCAUUGCUCAUGUGAAAGGGAACGCCGGAACGCCGUUCAAGCCGGGGAAACCCAUAGAGGCUUACUUGUUUGCUAUGUUUGAUGAAGAUCUUAAAACUGGGGCUGAGGUUGAAAAGCAUUGGGGCCUCUUUUACCCGGACCAAACUCCCAAGUAUCCGAUUAAUUUCUACAACUAGUUUUAGUUUCAUAGGAUUGUAUUCAAUCAGGAUUAUGAAAGAUUUCGAUAGAUUGUUUAAAAUGUGCAAAAUUUAUGGAUUAUUUUAAGUCUCAAUAAAUUAAAGAUAGGGGCUGUUUGUUUCAGCCUCUUAAUGGUUCAGAUGUCUGAAUGGUUCAGCACUUAAUGGUUCAGACUGUUUGUUUCAGCCUCUUAAUGGUUCAGAUGUCUGAAUGGUUAAGAGAUUUGCCUCUGAAUGGUUAAGUAUUAUACAGAGUCUGAAUGGUUAAGACCUCUUAUCUGAAUUGAUCAGACAUUUGCCUCUGAAUAGUUAAGCAAUAUACUAGCUCUUAAUGG